CUAUCGAUUUUCAAAUAUUUUUCACGUGCAAUCCCCAAAUCCUUCCAUAUAAACCACUGAAAUCUUCACUCCACAACCACCACCACCACCAGCACCAAGCUGGUAACCACCCCACCGGAUUUAGGCAUUCAGCCACAACCCAUUAUCUUCUUCAACAUUCUGCAGCAAUAAGCAAAGAUGUUGAAGACUCAGGUGCAUCAGUUGGAGUCGACCAAUCGGCCCCUGUUUUUGUUGCAGAAGUCCUUCUUCUCCAGCCAUGGAAGCGCUUCACUGCAAGUAGGACGAGGGCCUUCUCUCCAUAAACAGCACAAGAGCUCUGGUGCUCGUGCUAGAUCCCUCUCUAGUAAGAUAAGGGCAAUUUCCACCUCGACCACCGAUGCUUCUACUAAAACUAGUAAGAACAUCACGGUUAAGGCCGUCGUUACGGUGCAGCCAACCGUGGGUGGAGUGCUGUCGAACCUCGGCCUGGAGCGAGGGCUCGAUGAUAUAACAGAUUUGCUUGGUAAAACUCUCCUUUUGGAGCUCGUUAGCUCAGAGCUUGAUCCACAGACGGGGACGGAGAAGGAGACGAUCAAGGGGUAUGCACAUACAGUAAGCAAAAAUGAUGAGGGGUUCAAGUACGAGGCCAACUUCAAGGUUCCGGCGAGUUUUGGGGAAGUAGGCGCAGUUUUCGUGGAGAACGAACACCACAAAGAGAUGUUCCUCAAAAACAUUGUUCUUGAUGGCUUUUCUACUGGCCCUGUUAACGUUAACUGCGAGUCUUGGGUUCACAGCAAGUUUGACAACCCACAGAAAAGGAUCUUCUUCACUAACAAGUCCUACUUGCCAUCCCGGACGCCUGAUGGUCUGAAGAGGCUGAGGGAGAAGGAGCUGCAGAUCUUACGAGGCGAUGGAACAGGGGAACGCAAGACUUUUGAGAGGAUCUAUGACUAUGACAAAUAUAACGAUCUCGGAGAUCCCGACAAGAGCGAUGAUCUGGCUCGACCAGUUCUGGGUGGUAAGAAGCACCCAUACCCUAGGCGUUGCAGAACAGGGCGUGAGCGUUGCAAGAAAGACCCAAAUUCAGAGCAACGUAGCAGUACUGUUUAUGUGCCAAGGGAUGAAACGUUCUCGGAAGUGAAGCAGUUAAGCUUCUCGGCAAAGACUUUAAAAUCAGUGCUACAUGCUCUGCUUCCUCAGAUUGAGAUGUCGCUCAUUGAUACCAGCCUUGGCUUUCCAUACUUCACAGAAAUAGACUCUCUCUUCAAUGAAGGGUUUAACAUUAAAACCCCUAAUAAAGGAAUUUUCAGUCUGCUUCUACCAAGGCUGGUCAAGGCUAUAGAAGAUGGAGGAGACGAACUUCUCCAAUUUGAGGUCCCUGAAAUGAUACUUAGAGACAAGUUUUCUUGGUUCAGAGAUGAGGAAUUUGCACGUCAGACUCUGGCUGGUCUUAACCCCUUAAGCAUUCAGUUGGUCACGGAAUGGCCAUUGAAGAGUAAACUCGACCCUAAAAUUUAUGGCCCACCAGAGAGUAAAAUCACAAAAGAAAUUGUUGAGCGAGAGAUCAAAGGCAUAAUGACCAUUGAAGAGGCCAUAAAGCAAAAGAAACUGUUUGUGUUAGAUUAUCAUGAUUUGCUCCUGCCUUAUGUGAACAAAGUAAGAGAGCUAGAAGGAACAACACUUUAUGGAUCUCGAACAUUGUUCAUGCUUACACACGAAAACACAUUAAGACCAUUAGCCAUUGAGCUCACUCGGCCACCCACCCAAUACAAGCCUCAGUGGAAGCAAGUGUUCACACCUAGUUGGGAUGCCACUAAUUGUUGGCUAUGGAGGCUAGCUAAAGCCCAUGUUUUGGCCCAUGAUUCUGGCUAUCACCAACUUGUCAGUCACUGGCUGAGGACUCAUUGUUGCACGGAGCCUUACAUAAUCGCAGCAAAUCGACAAUUAAGUGGAAUGCACCCAAUCUAUAGAUUGUUGCUACCUCAUUUUCGAUACACAAUGGAGAUCAAUGCUCUUGCCCGUGAAUCACUCAUCAAUGGAGGCGGUAUCAUUGAGAGUGGCUUCUCUCCAGGCAAGUAUUCUAUAGAGCUGAGCUCUGCGGCCUAUGACCAGCUCUGGAGAUUUGACAUGGAGGCUUUGCCUGCAGACCUCAUUAGAAGAGGAAUGGCAGUUGAGGAUCCAACAAGCGAUCAUGGUGUAAAGUUGACAAUCGAGGACUACCCUUAUGCAGCAGAUGGUCUUGUGGUUUGGUCAUCCAUCAAGCAAUGGGUGAGUGACUAUGUGAAUCACUACUACCCGGAAGCCAGCCUAAUUGAAUCCGACCAAGAACUCCAGGGAUGGUGGACCGAAGUGCGAACCAAGGGCCAUGAGGACAAGAAAGAUGAGCCAUGGUGGCCAGUCCUCAAAACUCAGGAUGAUCUUAUCCAGAUAUUGACUACUAUCAUCUGGGUUGCCUCUGGUCACCAUGCUGCUGUAAACUUUGGUCAGUAUGGAUUUGCCGGCUACUUCCCUAACCGGCCAUCUAUCGCCAGGACAAACAUACCCACUGAAGAACCAACAGAAGCAGAGUUCAAGCAAUUCCUCGAGAAACCAGAGCUUGCUCUCUUGCGUUGUUUCCCUUCAAAAGUUCAAGCAACCAAGGUGAUGGCUAUCUUGGAUGUGUUGUCAAGCCAUUCAGUAGAUGAGGAAUAUAUGGGGGCUACAAUGGAGCCAUCGUGGUCUGAGGAUCCAAUAAUAGCAGCAGCAUAUGAACGUUUUAGUGGAAGAAUGAUGGAGCUGGAAGGGAUUAUUGAUGCAAGGAAUGCAGAUUUGAAGUCGAAGAAUAGAACAGGUGCUGGUGUCGUGCCCUAUGAGCUUUUGAAGCCAACCUCUAAGCCUGGAGUAACAGGAAUGGGUAUUCCCAACAGCAUCUCUAUUUAAAAUUGGAUCAUGUACGUCAAUCUUGUAUGUUUUAAUGUGAUAAUAAAGCUGCAUUUGGAAACAA